AUGGCCUACACGCCGCCUCGUAGGACGUUGACGGGCGAGUUUGCGAUUUCUCGCUCGGAGAAGUAUUGGGACUGUUUUGACGACGACGGCACCAUCUACUGCUUCUGCGACGUCAGCCCCCGCUACCGCGCAAUCAAGCUCACGACCGCAAGCAACAAGAACGGAAACCUCGGUCGCAUGUUCUACCGCUGCAGGAAGAAGAAGGACAGGGCUUGCAGGUUCUUCAUUUGGGAGGACGAACUCGAGGCGCAUGGUUGGCCUGGAUACCCUGACGACGACGACCUCCUCGCCAACAUCGAUUACGACGAACUUGCCGCCGGCCCCGCUCCUCCUCCUCCUCCCGGCAAAGCUCCUGCUUCGACGCCUCCUACCUCGCCGCAAGUCACGCCGAACGUCUCGCCCGUUGCGAAAGAAGACAAGAAGCGUCCGGUCGAGGAGGGGCCCGCUCGCGAGUCGCCAGAGGAGAAGAAACCACGCAUCGAGCCGCCCAAGGUGGAGGAAAAGGCUGUAAGACUCGAGGAGGAUGCGGUCAAGCGCGAGGAGCGCGUCGAGGAGGUCAAGGAGGAGGAUGCGUGCGGAUUGCGAAGGUCGAAGCGAGUUUCGGUGAAGCCAAAGAGGUUCGACGAGGGAUUGUGGACGGAGUGA